AUGAGCAGUCCCGCUUCGGACCACCACCUUCUACUCCAACGCAUUGAACGUUUGGAAGCAAUUCACGAAAUUGAAAAAAUCAUGGGGCAAAGGGCCUUUCUUCACUCGGCCGGUCGGCAUGAUCGAGAGUUUCACGAGUUGUGGUCCAAGCGAGAGGACAUCGUUUUCGAAGCCGAGGACUGGGGCGCUUGGACAACACGCGAGACUAUCUACAAAUCUUACGUUGUGGGAAAUCCGUUUCCACCUUCCACCAAGGGCCUAUUGAUUGAACAUGCCAUCACUACGCCUGUCAUCGAAAUUGCGGCAGAUGGGAGUACUGCAAAAGGGGUCUGGAUUUCUCCAGGUCAUGAGACCUUUCCCAUUGAAGGGAAAAUCUAUCCCAACUGGUCCUGGGGCCGCUAUGCGGUGGACUUUAUCAAGGAAGAUGGCCAGUGGAAGAUCUGGCAUCUCCACGUCCUGACGACCUUUAGGACGCCCUUCAAUCAAAGUUGGGUUGAAAGUGCGAUGAAGAAACCGGAGUUUUUGCCCGAGGAUGGCAAGGUUAUUGAAGGGGUUAUUCCAGCUGAUCGAGGUGUCUCGUUCAACCAGGCUUAUCAGCCUGAAAAGACUCCCAAGUACCAGCCAGUACCCCCGGAUUCAUACAAUACCUGGAGUGAGACUUGGAGUGCGACGGACUUGUACGAACAUCCCAAGGAGCAGAAGAACGGUACUCACUAG